AUGGAAAUGGAAGUUGUGGUGCCAAAUUACAACAUGGAUUUUGAUUUCAACAGUGCUCGUUCAUCUCCAAGGCAUUAUUUGGGUUCCCCCGGAACGCCAAGGCGGCUUGGUGAAUUUUACACCAGUGCUCCGACUAGCCCGAGUCGUCUGGCUCAGUUUUACCGGGAAUUUGAUGAUUUCUUGAUCUCCGGUGCCGGUGGCAGAGAUGGCAGUUCCGUUACGGUGCCUUUUGAUUGGGAAGAAAAACCCGGAACUCCGAAAUCGCCUAAGAGUGAAGAUGAAUUCGCAUUUGAUGUCGGUGGUGGUGAUGAUUGGCAAACUCCAUCUGUGUCUGCUGAAGAGCUAUUUGAUGGUGGAGUAAUCAGGCCUCUGAAACCUCCUCCUCGGUUGCAGCUUCCUCCUAAAGCAAGAAACAACAAUGGCUCUUCCUCUUCAGCUCAGAAAAUUAGUGGGUCGCCGAAAAAGAUGAUCUUGGGUGCUUUUUCACCUAGGAACAGAACAGAGUACGAGAUUCUGAGAAGCCCGGAACCGGAAAUUGCAAGAAGAAGGUCGCCGGAGCGGCAAAGGGGAAGGGAAAGAGGUCCAGCCGGGUUAUCUUCAUCAAGCAGAAGGGCAACAAGAUCACUUUCUCCGUUGAGAGUUUCUCAGUAUCCAUGGGAAGAAGAACAGAGUCAGGCUGGAGGAAAUAGUACUAGUACUACUAAAACAGAGUUAUCAUCAUCAUCAAUCAUUGUUAAGCCAUCAUCCAGUUCGGCAAUAUCUGCACUGGCUUCAUUCUCAAAGAAAUGGAGAUUGAAGGACUUUUUCUUGUUCCGAAGUGCAUCAGAAGGCAGAGCAUCUGAUAAAGAUCCUCUGAGGAAAUACACUGCGGUAUUUAAGAGAUAUGAAGAUAUAAAGCUCUCAAGCAACAGUGGAAGGAACAUUAAUAGCUCUCCAGUUUCACCAAGGAGGGGGAAAAAAGGGCAUGUUUCAGCUCAUGAGUUGCAUUAUACUAUGAACAAAGCAGUUUCAGAUGAUAUGAAGAAGAAGACAUUCUUGCCUUACAAACAGGGGAUUCUGGGGAGGCUUGCAUUCAAUCCUUCAGUUAAUGCACUUGCUAAUGGCUUCGGAUUAUCUCGCAAGUGA